GUCUUCUAGAGGAGUAAAUCAAAACCUAAAAGGAACAUGAGCAGCUGACCUACUCUUCCACAAGGUCCAAGGCCCCCAGUGUCAUCAUCACAGGUCUGAAGCCAGCCACCAAGUAUGUAUUUCACAUCCGAGUGAGAACUGCAACAGGAUACAGUGGCUACAGUCAGAAAUUUGAAUUUGAAACAGGAGAUGAAAGUGACAUAAAAGGAGGAGCGGAAUUCCCCAAGGACUCUCUAUUUCAAGUGACAAAAAUGUACUGGCUUAAUAAAAAGUGGGACUUUAUUGCCUCAGCUUCUGACAUGGCAGCAGAACAAGGACAGAUUCUCGUGAUAGCCACCGCCGCUGUUGGUGGAUUCACUCUCCUCGUCAUCCUGACUUUAUUCUUCUUGAUCACUGGAAGAUGUCAAUGGUACAUAAAAGCCAAGAUGAAGUCAGAAGAGAAGAGAAGAAACCACUUACAGAAUGGGCAUUUGCGCUUCCCGGGAAUUAAAACUUACAUCGAUCCAGAUACAUACGAAGACCCAUCCCUAGCCGUUCAUGAAUUUGCAAAGGAGAUUGAUCCCUCAAGAAUUCGCAUUGAGAGAGUCAUUGGGGCAG